AUGUUGAUCACUGGCAGCAGUCUAAAGCUAAUACAAGAUACAAAAGAAGCAUUACAACAAGCCUUCAAGAUGAAGGAUCUAGGUGAAUUAAAGUAUUUCUUGAGAAUGGAAUUCACUAGAUCAAAUGUUGGUAUAUUGAUGCAUCAAAGGAAGUAUGCUCUUGAACUAAUAUUUGAAGUUGGAAUGACAGCAGCCAAACCUGUAGGUACACCUAUUGACAUCAAUGUUAAACUUACAUCAAAGGUGUAUGAUGAACAUGUAAAGAAGGAACAAGUAGGGGAAGAUGAUCCACUUGUGGAUCAAACAAUGUGUCAAAGAUUAAUUGGCAAGUUAUUAUAUAUAAAGAGACAAUCUGGUCAAGGUUUAUUGUUAUCUAGCAGUUCAGAUGGUUUGGUGACAACAUUUUGUGAUGCUGAUUGGGCUUCUUGUGUGCUGACCAGAAAGUCUGUAACAGGAUACAUGGUAAAGGUUGGUCAGUCACUAGUUUCUUGGAAGACAAAGAAACAAACUAUAGUCUCAAAGAGUUCAGCUGAAGCUGAAUAUAGGAGUCUUGCCUCCACUGUUUUAGAAUUAGUAUGGUUGCUUGGAUUACUGAAAGAAGUAGGAGCUGAAGUACAAUUACCAGUGCAUGUGUAUAGUGACAGCAAAUCAACCAUUCAAAUUGCUGCAAAUCCAGUGUAUCACGAAUGA